UACUCUUUAAGUGAUAGCAACUCAACGAAGACUUGCUUGUUUUUGUGUUUUCUUUGCAAAAUAUUUUUCAUUCUAAGGAGACAGUCACAUGCGGAACCUUCGACGAGGGGGAAGUUAAAUGGUCGGACGCAAAGAUGGACGAUGUACCAGCGAACGCCAACGAGCACUGUCCAGGUACAAGGAGUGAGCAGGCAGGGAAGACGUCAUCAUGUCAGGGUUGUCCUAACCAAAAACUGUGUGCUUCUGGAGCUACCAAGACGCCAGACCCUGCCAUUAAAGAAAUAGGAUUAAAACUGUCCACGGUCAAACACAAGAUACUCGUACUAUCUGGGAAAGGAGGAGUGGGAAAGAGUACGUUCAGUGCUCACCUGGCCCAUGCCUUGGCAAGUGAUGAGACCAAGGAGGUUGCCCUACUGGAUGUAGAUAUCUGUGGUCCGUCAAUUCCUAGAAUCAUGGGGUUGGAGGGAGAGCAAGUACAUCAGAGCGGGUCAGGCUGGUCCCCUGUGUAUGUGGAGGACAACCUCGCUGUCAUGUCUAUUGGCUUCCUGCUCGGUAGUCCUGAUGAUGCUGUAAUCUGGAGAGGCCCCAAGAAAAACGGAAUGAUCAAGCAGUUUUUGAGGGAUGUGGAUUGGGGGGAACUGGAUUAUCUGAUUAUUGACACGCCCCCUGGCACAUCUGAUGAGCACCUGUCGAUUGUGCAAUACCUAAGCUCCACCCACGUGGAUGGAGCAGUCCUCAUCACCACACCGCAGGAGGUGUCUUUGCAAGAUGUUCGAAAGGAGAUCCGCUUCUGCCAGAAGGUCAAACUGCCAAUCAUCGGUGUGGUGGAAAACAUGAGCGGCUUUGUGUGUCCAAAUUGUAAGAACACAUCACAGAUCUUCCCUCCCACCAGCGGGGGCGCCGAGACAAUGUGUGCAAACCUGAAUCUGCCCCUGCUGGGCAAAGUGCCUCUCGACCCAAGGAUAGCAAAAAGUUGCGACGAGGGCAGGUCUUUCCUCAAUGCAAUACCGGACUCUCCUGCUGCUGAAGUCUACAAGAGAAUUGUCCAGAGUAUCAAGGAAUACUGUUCCAUCCAUGACGAGCAGAACACUGUCUGAAGAAGCUUUUUCUAUGGCAGUCCUGUUGGACCAAAGCUAAGACUCUAAUAGCCACCCGACGAUUUUUUUUUUCUGUUAUAAAAAAAUACAUGGCUUGUCAUUCACAGAAUGGUAUUAUGGAUUCUGAAAAACAAUCUGUCCACAAAAUAAAAAGCAUUUUAAUAAUAUGAUUUAGAAAAAUCAGUUACACUUGUAAUACAGGAAUAGACAGGAAAGAGAAUAAAUGUAUGUUGU